AUGAAUUUCCUCAGCCCGAAAUCCAAUAAGCCUAAAAAACAACUGAUUUUUCCUACAAAUUCCCCAAAGGAAAAUCUCCAGAGCUCUCUGCCUUCAGAUUUUGCCUUUGAAAUCAUAGACAAAGAAAUCCAGCUUGAAAAGUCCUGGGAUCAUUCUACUAUACACGAAUUAAUAGGGUUGUAUAGUAAAGCUAUAGAAUACUAUGAAUUACAGCAUGAUCCUCGUUUUUAUGACUAUCAGCAGAAAAUCCAUAAGCUUUUGGUUAAGCCACAGGUGCUUCAAACUUUGCAAAGAGAAACUGAGAGCAAGCAACAGGGAAAAUAUGCGCUGGCCCAUACUACAGAUUGUGAAGAAAUGACAAGCAAAAGAGCAGCGACUGAUUUUAAUCGAAAAAAGUUAGCAAAUAGGCUAAAUAGACGCCUUGCCCCAACUGUAAAAAGAGAUAACAGAACUCUAAAGAAAAUUCUGAAUCGCCAAAUUAAGUUGACUCAGAGUACGUCGACCAAAGCCCUCAGCGACCUAAAGUCUCAGAAUAAUGAUUUGGAAGUCCGUUUGGCUUCAAGAAAAUCCAAGCACAAUAUACCUUAAUAAAACUGAUCACUUCAGCCUGCCAAUUUUUAUAGACAAAAUUAAUUAGAAUAUAGAAUUAUUCUUAACAAUACUGCAGAUAUAUUAGCAUGGCCCACUAUAUAUUGAACCUAUCAUAUAGAAAAUAUUCAAAUGAUCUCAAUACAUCUUUAAAAACAGAUAGUCCUGCGAAUUUAUCGACAACGGAAAGUAUUGAUAGGUAUAUCAGGACCGAGCCUGAUGAGCAGGACAAUGAAGAUACCGACUAUUCUGGGUUUUUUAAUAGUCCAAGCUGUUCUAAUGAUCUUGAAAGAAGGCUUGAAGAAAUCAUGGAAAAAUAUUUAGCUGAAAAGGUCAAUAAAAUUUCAGACAUCACUGUCAAUUAUAAGCUGCAGAUGAAAGAACUUGAAGACCAAGGCGGGAUAAUGAAGCAAGUCUUGGAACAAAUGAAAAUAAACAUGCAAGAAGAAAUCAAUAAAGUGACUCAAGAGCUUGAUGCUAAAAAAUCGAAAGAGAUAGAAGCUCUUAAAAGAGAAUUUUUCAUUGAGGUGUAA